GUUUUUAACCGUGGUAGCGCAGUAUAAAUAGGCUCGACAGGAAGAAAGUGAAAACAAUAAUCUUUCUCCCAUCGUCGUCUGUUUAGCUCUAAAAAAAAAAAAUAAAAUAAAUAAAAUUAUGACGUUCUUAAAGAAAACACUACGCUGUACAAACACGAUGGAAAUUCUACUGGUGAGUAAUAUAAUACGUAUUUUUUUUGUGAUUAUUUUUUAUUCUUCAAAAUAUAUUUCGUAUUUAUCCUCGCGUCGUUACCCGCGAGUAUAUCUAUUAUAAUUUUCGUUAUUAUACGUCUGCCGUUGAUGUUUUUUUUAAAUUUUCGAGUACUUUUGAAGUAUUUAAACGGAUACUGUUGGUAAGUUGUAUGGUAUGGGCGCACGUCGAUCGUGCGAACGGUUUGUGGACGAUAUUUUAAAAUUGUCGUAAUCGUUCAAGAACAAUAGAAAAACGUUUUUAUUUUACCGAUUUGUCCGAUUGUUGUACAAAAAACCAUUCAGGAACAUAUCUGAUUAUAUCGGAUUUAUCUAAUUGUUGUCUUGAAAUUCCCACUGUGCUUACCCGUACAUCGGAUCCCAUCUAAUUUUCACAUCCGUAUAUAAGGGAUACAUAGAGCAUUUUGUUUUUUUUAUAUUAUGCUGCCAAAAGUGAAUUGGCCACCGAGGCCUUGCUAUUAUUAUUUUAAUUUUUAUUGUUGAAAUGUGUAGACCAGGAGCAAAAUCCGAUAAGUAAAUCACCGUGUGCUUUUUUCCCCCUGUUAGUAUACGAAUUUCCUACUAGAAAUCUUGCUUCGAUUAUUAACUUUAGAGAGUUUCCGAUGAAAAAUCGUGUCUAUUUGGUGCAACGAGGAGGUCAUUUUUAAUUUUUCUUGCAAUUUUCUUAAUAAUUGAAAUAAACUGAAGGAAAAAACGUAGGCAAAACUAGACAAUUUAUGUGACAACGGUUUCUGUUAUUUUCGAAAUUGUUUUUCAUUGUAGGAAUAAUUUUCAAAACAUUUUCGAGUUAUUUAUAGCCAAAUUUAAAUUGUCAAGGUUUUUUAUUUAUAUUGUAUUUUAGAUUUCGAACGUAGUGAGGGAGCUAUUGGUUUUACAAUGCUGUUUAUUUCUUUUCUUUCUUCUUUUUCUUUGUUUUAGUCUGUUGACACGUUUUCUCCUAGUAAACUUGCUCUGAUUUUUUUGUGUAGCAACUUUUCUGAAAGCUCAAGUUGUCUAUAUGGUACUUUAUAGAAGUCACUUUUUUUUGAUUUGCGACGCUAAUUUUUAAAUAAAAGCACUUAAGUGGAGAAAAACGUAGGAAAACGUACAAUUUCACGAUUUCAUUAUUUUAUAAAAAUACGGAUGACGUUUUAUAUUAAAAAAAAUGAUUUAAUCGAAAAAUCACAUGACACCCUUUUUUUUUUAUUUAUUUAAUUUAUUACGGUAUCAUUUCUAAAACUUUUGAGCCACUUUUGAACUUUAAAUUUUUUUUUUAUUUUUGGGAGUUUUUUGUCGUAAUUCAGUUAUAAAUACACGUAGGAACGUUUAAAUUUGGUAAUAAUACUUAUGUUAAACUUACCUAGACGUUUUCAAAAUCAUUGGACGACUUUUUUUUUUAAUAUGCGUUUUGAAGUAAAAAUUAAACGAAAAUUGCAAAGAAAAUUACGAUACUUAAAAUUAUGUACUAUCAAGCAAUAAUUUAUCGUUGCUUACAGGUAUAAAUGAAAUACCCAUAUGUAUCCUACCUUCCCAACUUCUUACCUCCAACAGUGGCCGCUCCCAUCCCCAUUAUCGGCUCUUUUCAAGUGUUUUGUAAAAUAUCUAUAGACAAAAAUAAAUGAAAAACAAAGUAUUCUAUAUAUUUAACUUUUGUACUUUUACCCGCGAAAAUAUAUUAAAACUGGUCUACUUAAAAAUUUGCAUCCUUGAAAAAAAACUAUUCAAAAGAAGUCCCACUUCACUAAGACAAUAAAUGGCGUAUAUUGACUUUAACUAUACCUAUAUCAUAUCUUCCAUUUUCAAUUUUCAGGGACAGCGACUGAUCUGAACCGUCUGUUGUAAUAUAUUAUAUAAUAUAGACAUAUAUCAUUAUAGCGGACGAGGGUAAAGUGGUAUACUACCAAUUAUUUUUUUAUAGUGUUGAUUUUAAUAAUAAUUAAGUCUUGAGAUUUUAUUUUUACGUAUCUAUAGUUAGAAUUUAAAAAAAAUAGAGCUGAUACUAGCUGAUGGGUGCGCCACAUAGGUGGGUAAUUUAAAAGGUAGAAUAUAUAAAGUUCUUUGAUUUAUGUCUGUAAAUAACGAUUGACUAUUGCUUACGAAAAACGAUUCUGAAAAAUGUUUAUACACGAUUUGUAAGGUCGUUUACGAAUUUACGAUUUUCAUCAGAAUUUGAUUUCAAUACCAUUAUAAAAAAAAAUUACUGCACCACCCUCUGAUUUUUUUUGGACCCUAAGUACAAUUUAUAAUGAAUCCCCUGUUAAAUUUUCAUACAUUUCUGUUUUGCGAAACAAUAAUAUUCACAUAUAGUACUUAAUAAAUAAAAACUAUAUAAAAAAACCCGUAACCAUAAAAUGUCUAUAAAUUGUUCAAAAACGGCUCAAAUUUCUUUAAAGUUUCACUACGUCUUGGAAAGGUUAAUAUCAGUUUUUAUCAAAAUUUUAAGUCUUUAUGAAUAUUUUUAAUUGAAUUAAAACAAUAAAACUAUAUUAAAAAUAAUAAGACUAUUAUUUUCUUUAACUUUUCCAUUCUUCUACGUUUUUUUCAUUUAGUUUUGCUCAAUUAUUAAAAAUACUGCAUAGAAAAUCAAAAAGACAACUUUUUAAUUCACCAACAAGAUUCAAAAUUAAACAAAAAAGGUCUCUCGACAUUUUUUGAUUAAAGGAAUAUUUCUGGUAGAAAACACAGCUCGUAAAAAUUAAAAACAUCAAAAUCGUUAACGUCGUGGCACACCGUAAAUAUUUGACGUGUUUCCUAUAUUUUUGUUUUCGAUUUUUCUCGAAUAUUUUUAAAACCUCUCAAAAAUCAAAAAAAUGACCUUUCUAAUGCACUAAUCAGAUAAAAUUUUCUUUCAGAAAAGACACUCGAUACCACUACAUCGGGACAAUAUUUCUUUUCGAAAAGUUGUUUACAGAAAAUACACACAUCCAUAAUAAAACCAACAGAUUCCUCGGUCCGUUCCGAAUCUAAAAACGAACACUUUCUUGAAGGAACAAAAAAACUGGUCUUUUAUUUCGUGUUUUUAGGACGUUAAUAAAAUAUAUUAUAUUAUAAUAAUAUUAUUGCACAAGAAAAUUAAUUAAUUUGUAAAGAGUAUAUAUGUAUAGCAUACAAGACGACGGUGUUAAAUUCGUGUAGGUAAUUGUUGUUUAUUCAUUUUUUUUUUUUUUUUUUAAUUAACGUGAUCUUUUACCCGUAUUCAUAAUAUUUACUCGCUACCAAUAUCGUCGAAUCACGAUCAACGAUACGGUAUAGUAAUUAACUUGUUGCGCGUAAACUCGUCGGUAUAGAUAUACGUAUACUCGUCCCGUUUCGGACUUAUCCGAAACGGCGUUAAUUAUAAUCUUCGGACAUUAACGUAAUAAUAAUUACACGCGAGCGACCGUUUAGAGUGGAAAAAUCAAGACGCGCGUGGGUGUGACUUUUUGUCUUUACAAACAGGUAGGCAUGCGCGCCGCGACGAUAUAAUUUUAAACUAUGACGAGUCAAUAGCAGUAAUUACAAUGCAGUCUUAUAACCCGUGUUAUAAGGUCGGUUAUAUGGUACAGGGUGUUUCGGUUUAAGCGGGUACACUCAACAUCUCGGAAAGCGUUAAUCGUUUUUGUUUUUGUUUUUUUUCGGAAUUUGUUUUGUAGAACGUUUAAGAAACGAACAGCGGCUGUUGCGGUGUUGCGUUUGUGUUAUUUUCCGUCACCCUAAUUUUCGUGAGUAAAACCACGGUAGCUACUUUUGAUUUUCGAACGGCAAACCGUAUUCGAACAUUCCGUAAACAAACGGAGGAUUGGUUAAAAUACGUUUUUGGCGUUGACAUUUUCGAUUUCCGUCGACCCGUCGUCGGGACAUUCAUUACGCUUUCAAGUUUUCGUCGGGUAAGUGUGGCGGAGCAUUGUUCGCGGUGUUUCAACAAUGCUUUAAAAGUGAUAAUGAUCGUAUCCGCUUCCUAACGGAACGUCCUGUGUUCCCCUGUUCGCCAUGUCGUACCCGGUGGCGUAUUUGUCUUGGCUUUAUGGGAGGGUGGGGAAAAACUAAAAUUAUUGUGCACAGGGUAUACCAGAUGAUCCAUUUAAGCGGGGGGUACACUCGUCAUCUCGGAAAGUGUUAAUCGUUUUUGUUUUUUUUUUUUUUUGGAAUUUCUUUUCUAAAACGUUUAAGAAACAAACUACUCUACAAUUUUAUAUUUACGUUAUUUUUUGUGACCUUUAUUUUCGGGAGUAAAACCACUAUUCACUUUUGAUUUUCAAAUGACAACCUGUAUUAAAAGUUACAUAAAUAGAUAGAGUAUUAGUUACAAUAAAUUUGAGUGUUGACAUUUUUGAUUUCUGUCAAGUUGUUGACUAGAUUUUUUACUUUUAAGUUUAGGUUGGAGGAGAGUGGUAGUACAUUAUUAACAUGCCGCGCGCCAUACCGCCACACAAAUGAUAUACCACUACUCUCUUUCAACCAAAACUUAAAAGUGGAAUAUCUCGUCAAUGGAUCGAAGGAAAUCAAAUAUUUCAACACUAAAAUUUCUAAAAUUGUUGGUUGUUUCUUAAAUGUUCUAGAAAACAAAUUUCGAAAAAAAGUCAAUACUUUCCGAGAUAAUGAGUGUACCCAUCUAAAUGGACCGUCCGGUAUACAAAAGCUUAUAUUCUACCCUAUUUAUCUUAGCAUGAAGUGUUUUUAUUUUUAUUCUUGUGUCUGAUGACAUUUUUUUAGCAAUAUUAAAUUUGCGUACAUGUGUAUGUGUAUAGCAUAUGCCUACACAAAUUAAUUGAUGGGGACGAUCGCCCCCCCCUCCCCUCAAACACGCCACUGGUGGUACCACUGUGUACGCGCGUCGGUUAUUUGUUUAUUUUUUUUUUGUUUCGUUCGUUUUCAGAAAUGCGUGUUGACGGGCUUGCUCGCCACAUGUCUGUCGGUGUCGGCCGCGCCGGAACCCUCGAGACUGUUGGCGCCGACGUUGAAUUUCGCGCAGACGAAAAGCGCGCUGCAGCCGCCAGUGGUCGCGCCGGACGGACCGGUAAAGCCCGCGGUUGACGUCGUGCCGAUAUACUUGUACGCCAGAGAGAAUUCGCUGGACGGCGAUUACAACUUCAGGUGAGCCAAUCGAAAUCGCGUUUUGAUCUGCCGGCGAUGACCCCGCGGCGGUUAAGCCAUCAUUUGAGGGAUUCAGACUAUACACAUAGGGCGGCCAUAUAUUUAUUUAUUUUUUUUUCUUCUGGUCCGUAUGAAAUGUUAUAAUCGGGUCGUUGUUGAUAAAAUGUAAAAUGCAAAAGGUAAUCGAACCGCACUGUCAAUGGCCGCCUCUACCGGUGUCCGACUGUCUACAGUGACGCGAGAAUGAGACAAUUCCCGUAGUCAAGUUGCGCAGAGAAAACGAUUUUGUGACUUUUUUAUUUGCUACAUCCCCUCCCAGUGAAAUUUCCUGGACAUCGAUGACGCGACAAUAAAAAAUAUUGACACGAGUUUUUGUUUUUUAAUUCUAUUUUAUUAACUGUUAAAUCACCGACGCGUUUGUUCAAAUAGCCGAUCAUUGUUAAAGUUUGAAUAAUAUCACUUGUAUACGUCACGAAUGUUGGAUGCCGACGUAUGUACUCUGCACAGUAAUUUAGAUCAAUUUUCUGCGGUAAAUUAUGUCCGAUCGACGUUUAUACAUUUUAUGAAUUUAAGACUUCCAUAAAAGGACAUUUAAACGGUCUCAAAAUCGAAUUUCACUUCUCACACGUGAUAAAACUAUGGUAUACCGGAAAAUAUUCGUAGUUUUGUUUAGUACAUAUAUUUUAGCGAUGAACAUUUAAAAUUGAGUUUUUGUUUUUUUUUUUUUGUAGAUACGAGACCGGAAACGGUAUUUUUGCGGAAGAACGCGGCGUCAUGUUAAACAAGGGGACCGAAGACGAAGCAAAUUCCGUGGUGGGCUCGUACAGGUACGUCUCGCCGGAGGGCGUGCCUAUAGAAGUGACGUACACUGCAGGUGUGGACGGGUUCAGGGCCUACGGUGCGCAUUUGCCAGUGAGCCCGCCGGCCGCCACGAAUCUCCCAAAAAGUUUGUCUUACAAGAACGUUGCUCCCAGUGCUUUCGCCCAGUCGUCUCAGUUAAGAGCCUUAGACGAAACCGAUUCAUCAGUUGCUGUUUCUACGGGCACAUCACAGGCUGCUUCUGUGGCGGAGUACCAGACGACGCCCGAAGUUCCUGCAGUGGUGUACUGGCCCACGCCCGAAGCGCCUGCCCCGCACAAGUUCACGUCAGAAGAGCCUGCCACGAACCAGCCCACAUCCAAACCAUCUGUCGUGUAUCAGCCCACUCCCGAAGCGGCCAACAGCAACCAAGUGCAGUUUGCGGCGACCGGUCAAAUGGCCGUUGCCGGGGUAGACGAAAUCGAUGGAGUAGCAUCCGCGGUCGCGGCGCAAGGCCAGACACAGCAAGUAUUGUACGUGGGUGGCAGCGACGGCGGCUUAGAGUCGACCGAAAAGCCGCUGCUUCAGGACCCCGUCAGGGUGGAACAACCGCAGCAGCUGCAGGAUUCGUUCGUCAGGCCGGAAUAUUACCAGGGGGAUCUGUCCGCCGCAGUUCCGGCCGUACAGCCACAAGCCCUGCCCGUCGAAAAAAUCGAAUCCGCCCUGCCGCCCGUCCUGCAGGCGCAGUCCGCCGUCGUUCCGGCCCGUCCAAAAGUCGCACCGGUCUUGCAAAGAGUCAUGUACCAACCGCAGCCGCAACCGCAACUGCCGCAGCAGAAGCUAUUCGGCGCGGGACCGGCACAGGCCGUCGACCGACAACAACCGUAUUCCCAAACGUACCGCCAGUUCAGCAUAGAGCCGCAGCAAAUGUGGUACGUGUCGCCGUACCAACAACAAGGACGGCACUUGCAAACCGGUCCCGUGAAGCGAACGCUGGAGCCGCUCAAGUACAAUUAGUGACCAACAGCGUCUACAGAACCGCAUCAGCCUCACGUAGUUUAUAAGAUUUAAAAUAAUGUUUUAUUUAAUUUUUUUUUUUUUUUUUGAUAAAUUUUUUCACUGAUUCACUUCUGCCUAUAUUUCGAUAUUAUGUAAUAAAAUUGUAUGCGAGAUGAUGACGACAGACCUUUUAAUUUUCAUGAAUAUAAUAUUAUGCAAUACGCGAUCUCUUACAUAUCUCUUAAAAAAAAAAAAAGAAGCACCAACAGUAAACAACUCUCAAUUUAUCCUUUUAUUAAAUGUUAAGCCGUACCCUGUAACCGGUUAGGCCUUAAAUCAAAAAACAAAAAAUACUGUUAACCGUUAUGAGCAAUAAUUUAGAUUUAACGUUAUACAAAA